AUUCUAGAGCUCCAGCUGCUGCCUUUGCUGGGCUGCCGUGGCUGGGCUGCCACCUCUCCUUACCACUGCUGCACCCCUCCCGCCCAGCGCUUGGCUCACCUGGCCAUGACCCCGGCCCCCCCAGGGACCGUGGCCCAGCCCUGAGCUCUGGGACCCCCCAGCCUCCUUCCCUGGGCCAUGGCCAACUCGGGCCUCCAGCUCCUGGGCUAUUUCCUGGCCCUGGGCGGCUGGGUGGGCAUCAUCGCCAGCACAGCCCUCCCGCAGUGGAAGCAGUCCUCCUAUGCAGGCGACGCCAUCAUCACCGCCGUGGGCCUGUACGAAGGGCUCUGGAUGUCCUGCGCCUCCCAGAGCACCGGGCAGGUGCAGUGCAAGCUCUACGACUCGCUGCUCGCCCUGGAAGGUCACAUCCAGUCAGCGCGAGCCCUGAUGGUGGUGGCCGUGCUCCUGGGCUUCGUGGCCAUGGUCCUCAGUGUCGUCGGCAUGAAGUGCACCCGGGUUGGAGACAGCAACCCCAUCGCCAAGGGCCGCAUUGCCAUCUCUGGGGGUGCCCUCUUCCUCUUGGCAGGCCUCUGCACCUUGACUGCAGUCUCUUGGUAUGCCACCCUAGUGACCCAGGAGUUCUUCAACCCGAGCACACCUGUCAAUGCCAGGUACGAGUUCGGCCCGGCUUUGUUCGUGGGCUGGGCCUCCGCCGGCCUGGCCAUGCUGGGGGGCUCCUUCCUCUGCUGCACGUGCCCAGAGCCCGACAGAGUCAACAGCAGCCCGCAGCCCUACCGGCCCGGGCCGUCCGCGGCGGCCAGAGAACCAGUUCUUAAGUUGUCUGCCUCCUCCAAGGUCCCCCUGGGUGUGUAAUGUCCAGGCCCCCAGCGUGGCUCUGUCUCCCUGCCACACCCAGACUGUGUUUGGUAUUUUUUGGAAAGAGAGUGAACAUCCAGCCUUAAGUGUGGUGUCAUUUGAUCUGUCCCUGGCAUGGCCAGGGUGGGGUCGGCUCAGAGAGGUCAGAGCCAGUCCCUGGGGUUGUUGGGCAUCACGAUGGGGAGACAAAGGUCCACGAUGGGGAGACAGCACGGCCACGCUGUCCGGGACGCCUGCCCCCUGCCCAGGAACCGCCCAGCCUGGCCUCCAGUUGUCGCCAGGACCUGCUUGAUGGGAGGCUGGCCCAGCUCUGGACACCGGCCCCGGGGUCAGGGAGCCCUUGGUCUGGAGAGAGACACAGUCCCAUCCCUGUCACUCUGCCCGCCCCUGGGAGCCCCCCUGAGAGAGGGGAGCAUCCUUGGGAGGCCCUCCAGCUGGGUUCUGGGGAUCUGACCAGGGUGAGGGGACAAUGGAGACUCACUAAGUGGAGAAGGGACUGGGGGGAGGACAUUAGGGCCUUUCAGGCAUUAGGACCGUCCUCAGGAAGGUUGGAAGCCCCACGCUCUGCUCCCACCCAGUGCUGCCCCCUUUCCAUACCCACCAGUCUGCUGAGGCCCCAGAUGUCCCUGUCCAAGAGCAGAGCAGGGAGGGAGCAGCCUGAGGACGCCCAGACUGGUGGGCUCCAGCCUCACCCGGGGGGCAGUCAGAGCUGGAAGGGCUUUGGGCCUUAAGUCCAGGCACCGCCCCUGGCCUGCCGGAGAGAGUCCUCAGAGGAAUGCAGGGACAACAAACCCAGAUCACUCCCUCCCCUCACGCUCAGGCCUCCCCCACCCAAACGGCCUUCCUGGACCCCGAGACUCUCCCCAAUGUGGAAAGAGCUGACCGUGACUGUCCCUUGCCUGCCUGAUGCCCCCCAGCCAGCUUCCUUCUGGCUUCCUCCACCACCUUUCCAUGACCACCUCUCUCGUAAGCCACAAACCCCAAGGACACAACUCAGCCGUCUCCCAGAGCUUGACUGUGAGAGAGAACCCCAGCAUGGUGACUGUCGGGGACACUCCAAGGGGUAGGAGGGUUGGAGGAGAGACGAGCUGCUGUGGGGUGCCUGGUGGGGCGCCCUGGCUGGGCAGCUGCCGCACGUCCAUGGGGAGCCCUGGGAUGGCUGUUUCAUGAGGCCCGUCCAGCCUUGGUUAGAGGGGGUGGCCAGAGAGGGGCCAACGGUGACCUAAAUGGGUGUACUGGCCUCCUGCCCCUCCGCCAUGGGAGAGAACUGUGAAACACUGUACGGGUGUCUCGGCUGUUCUCACGUGGGGUGAGCAUUCGAGUCGCCUGGGGAGCUGACACCCAGGCUCCACGCCCACCCCCGCCCCACAUCCCCACUCAGUCGGCCUGGCAUCUGAGUUCAGGCGGCUCCCAGGGGACUGCAGUGUGUGGUCAGACCUCUGUGAGGCCUAGAGUUGGGGCCACGUUUUCGCUCCUCUGAGGGGGUCUCAGGGGGAAAGACACCUACAGGAGGCGAGGAGAGAAAAGACGAAAGGAAGUCCCGUCUCCCUCUGCCUCUCCAGAGACCAGGCUGUUCCACGAGAGUCCCCCAUCUCUCAAUAAAUAGACCCCUUUUUGCGGAAAGAACUCCGGGUGUGGUUUCUGUCACAGGGCCCGAAGAGCCCCGACUGACACCAAAUCCGGAACCUGGAAACUGAGUGUCACGGCGAUGGCUCCCGUCACCCCGGCUGAGCAGGGCGGGCCUCGGGGCCCAGAGGCUCGACCUCUCUGCCCCAGGCUGAGGACUCAGCAGACAGUUGGCCAGGAAACUGUGUCGUCUCUCAAGGUUCAGGGUCCACCAGAGGCUCAAGACUGUCACCGAGCAAAGGUCCACUGCCCCGCAUAGAAGCCAGUGUGAUGGCACCAGCUUCUGAGGAAGGAAGGAGACAGGAGGCCCCAGCCUGUGCCCUCAGGCCAGGGCUCGCGGGACUGUGAGGGGCACCGUGUCCUCGUGGCUGGUGUUUCACAAGUGUUACUCGUAAGUGGUGUAUCCAAGGGUUACCCUU